AUGAUCCAGAAAACAAACCCGCGCUCUGGGUCCACCCAGGUCGCCCCCACCCGUCAGGCUUCUUCCGAUGGCCCAGAAUCCUGGGGCCACUGGGUCGGGCGCAAACACUACUCCCUUGAGGUCGUCCAGCAUCCCAUUCGGGCCCGGAUGUGCGGUUUUGGCGACAAGGAUCGACGACCGUUAGCACCCGCAGCGGUAGCCAAGAUGAUAGUGAGGAGAGAGGACGGGACGUUUGUGGACGUCGACGAGAUCGACUGUUCAUUCUUCCUUGUCACUGUCGAUCUGUGGUCCGCUGAUGGAAAACACGAGAUGAAUCUCGUUCUACAUCCCACCUCGGCCGACCGCUAUGUUCCCGCAAACACUCCAAAGGGCAAGCGCAGAGGGACCGUCACCCAGGGCAGCUCGAAUCAACGAUCAAGCCGUCAGAGUCCAGAGCGGUCUGCCCCCACGCCGAACACGUCACAAUACCCCCAGCCGUCUAGCACGGCGUACUCGACGCAAGGCUACCCCUUCCCUCCGCAAGCGGCCCCCAUCCCGGAGUCCAACUCGUUCCAGCCAGUCCAUCCAUAUGUGCCGCCCACUGAAUCCGGUGCGCCCUCCUGGGGCUAUCCUCCUUCGACGGCUCCUGUCGAUCGAAGUCAGACCUAUGGUCCACCUUCUCUGCCUUCCAUCCACAACAUCAACCGGACAACGUCCCCUGUUAGCGCGGAACCGAGUGCACCAGAGUACGGGGCCUCCGCCCAGCCCGCGCCGGGCGCUGGCCAAGACUGGCAGAUCCAAACGCCCGUGCGCGAAGAACAGGGAGGAGCAGUGGACUAUCGGACAUGGCCUCAGCAAUCUGCGUAUCCGGCCCCCAUGGACGUUCCGGCCGCACCCUCGGCCACUACGGCCGCUACCGCCGAUCCGCGUGAGGGAGCUUACGGCACCGUUGCUGCAAGUGCAUCUGCCUCCGCCGCGGACGCGUACCCCCAGCAGGCGCGUUACUCACAGGAACCCUACACGCCCGUCCAGCCGAGCCCAACGCAGGCGCAGGCGCAGGCGCAGGCGCAGCAGACCCAACAGGCGCAGCAACUAGACUCGUCUAUGUAUGCGUCGGCCUCGUACGCGCAGCAGCAACAUCAGCAAGCCGCACAGACAUACAACCAGGGUCCGUCUUACCAAGAACCGACACCGCCUUCGACAAUCCCGCCCUUGCCGCGCCACACGUAUACACGGACGUUGGUCGGCCCGCUUGCGUCCAAUGCAUGUCGGCUGUUGGACGAGCACCGUAAACCGGCGAUAUUCUUCCUAUUUCAGGACUUGUCUAUCAGGACCGAAGGUACUUUCCGCCUCCGCCUUCGACUCAUGAACGUCGGCGCACCGCCAGCCCCAGAGCCCCGCGCGUCUGGAGUGCAUACGGAGAUGUCACCUGUUCUCGCCCAGACAUUUACGGAUAAUUUUGUCGUCUUCUCCGCGAAGCGCUUCCCCGGCGUCCCCGACACCACCACUCUGUCUAUCACGCUUGGCAACCAAGGCCAGAAGCUGCCCCUGCGGAACCGCAAUGGUUCGACCAAGCAGGGCCGCAAGCGGCGGCGCGACGGCUCCGACGGCUCCGGCGACGAGUCCGACGAGGCGUGA